ACUGAGGAUGACUCUUGACUCAGAACAAGACUUACAGUAAGAGCUGAAGUAACAGUUGAAGUUAACUGUAUUUGAGCAGAAGUGUGUCAAGAUGGACAAUGAUGAAAAUAUAUAUGCCAAUGCAAGUUCCUCCAGGGCCAGCCCAAGAGAAGGAGCAAUAUAUUUCCAGUGGUGGAAGAGACCCUCCAGAGCUGCUGCAGUGUGUCUGGGGCUGCUGUGUGUUCUCCUACUGGCUGGAAUCAUAAGCCUGUCUGUCUACCAGAGAAACCAAUCGACCAGUUACAACAACCUGACUAAAGCGAGAGACCAGCUACAGAAGGAGAGAGACCAGCUACAGAAGGAGAGAGACCAGCUACAGAAGGAGAAAGAAAACCUGAACAAGAAGAUCAAAGGGAGACGCUGUCCAGAAGGCUGGAGGGAGUUUGAAUUCAGCUGUUACUACAUCACCAAUGAGAAUAAAGCCUGGUCUCAGAGCCGUGAAGAAUGCCACGAGUUUGGAGCUGAUCUGGUGAUCAUAAACAGCAAAGAGGAACAGGUAUUUAUCAAUGGAUUAAACCAAACAAAAAAUCAUGUCUGGAUUGGUCUUACUGACUCAGUUAUUGAAGGGACCUGGAAAUGGGUGGAUGGUACACCACUGACCACAGCGAAUUGGGGGAAAGGGCAGCCCAACAGCAACAAAGGAAUAGACCAGGACUGUGGGGCAAUUUGGGAUCAUUCAGGGUGGUGGAAUGAUGAGAAGUGUUCAAGUAAACAUAAAGGGAUCUGUGAGAAAUAGGAUGAUCAUAUGUCCUCUCUCUGCACUGCUGUUGGUGAUGGUCUGAAAAUGCAUGUUUUUUGGUAAAAUAGUACGCUGCAUUAGACUAGGGAGAGAUGUGCAUAUCAUUCCAUAAAUUAGUUUAAGUUUUAGUUAUCCAGUGAUUUGAAAUUACUGUAAUAUUAAUAUUGUAAAAUAUUAUUGUUCAUUUUGCUUCCAUUAUGCUGUACAAUAAUAAGGUGUACUUUCUGCUAAUUCAAUAAACUUUAC